ACAGUCUUCUUCUCAGUAGCAGCUUGGGAAACGGCAUUAGGCUGGUCACACCACGUGUACAUUCCCCGUAUCCGGAAGUAUACGGAAAUAACUAGGGGCGGAACUCGGCAGUGGGUGUGGCCUGGACCCUCAACGUCAGCACUACCAUAGCGAGCGUGAGGUCCGUGAAGACAUGCUUUGUCACGAGAAAGAAGUUCGAGAGAAGGAAGACGAGGGAAUGCGCUGUGUGCAUCAUAGUCUACUGACUGUUUGAGAGUGAGUGGCUCUAGUACAGCGUGCUGGGAGGGACGUGGUCGGUGGAAAAGGCCUGGUUUGAACUUUGUCUAAGACUGCUAUGAAGUCAGGGAGGGCGAGGAUGAUGAACGGGCGAGGGCAAGAAGUAGGCAUCGACCUGGACGCAGGGGUAGUGGAGGGGGUGCCCCCGGGGGCCGAAUAUCCUGCCGGAGGGAACCCACGGAGCCACUCGCGGAGCCAGUCGUGGUCUUUCAACUCGCGGGGCCAACGGCCGGGUGCUGGGGAGCUCCCCUCGAGUCUAGCGGCACUCACACCAAUCACAUCUGUAAUUAGAGAGAUUGUCCCUUCAUUUGGAGGGUCAGAGACGGAGUCCAGUUCGGCGGAGUCUCCACUUUUGAUCAGUCGUGCGGCGUCCCAAGCCUCCCUCCCUCUUUUGUCCAGUGGCAUCAGAUUUGGAGAUCCCGGAUCUCCGAUAUCGACCCUUCCUCAUAGAACUGGUGGCGGGCUGAUGGUGAUUCUGGGCAUGUUGGGUACCUACCUCCACUGCAACCAAACCAUUAGAAACCAAGUAUCACUAAAGAAUAGGAGAGAAAAGACCGUCUUAACUCUUGUUGUGCUGUUUCUGGCGGGAAACAUCUACUUCGUGUACUACGUGUUCCGUGAGCAGCAGCUCCAUAAUUGUCUGAUAUUCAAGAGCCCCAAUUUCGGAAUCGAUCUCUGGAACCUACUGUGGUCUAUAUGUGUCACAGAUUACAUCAUCAGGUUUGGGACGAUGGCGCUGAAAGCCCUGGUGGCGGGCUGUUUCCUCAUCAUACUGCCCAGUAGAAAGAAAGGAAAGUACUACAUGUUACUGGAGUUCAUAUCUCAGUUCUACCGCAAUCUCCUCCCGCUGCCACUGUGGUUCCGCUAUCUCUCCAACUCCCACCACACGGGCGCCAUCUUUGCCAUCAUCAUCACCGCCACCUACCUCAUGAUAAAGGGUGGAACAUAUGGGACCACACCCACUAAAGACGAGAUGAUGCAGAGCAGUAACUCGUGCCCAAUAUGUCAGGAGGCCUUCGAACAGCCUGUCAUGCUCAAAUGCAGACACAUAUUCUGUGAGGACUGUGUGUUGCAGUGGUUCGACCGACAGAGCACCUGUCCUCUGUGCAGAGCCACCAUAGCCAGCAGUCCAAAAUGGCGCGACGGAUCCACCGCUGCCUGGCCCAGCCUCUUCUAGAACAUUCUGCCUUCUCUUUACUUCCUCUCUCUCUCUUUCCUUCUAGAACAUUCUGCUUUCUAACAUCCUCUCUCUUUCCUUCUAGAACAUUCUGCCUUCUCUUUCCUUCUAGAACAUUCCACUCUCCCUCUCCUCUAUUAUCAUCCUAUAUUUAUUCAGAAUCGACACCUGCACACUGCACCUCACAACACACGUGAAUAUCUCUCAUGCUGUGGUGCCACACCCACCACCUCACAUUUGUUCUGAUCCGAUUCGUCGAUAGUUCUCUGUUUGUGUGUGACUCUGUCACUUUGUUUUCUGUUGUCGCUGUGAGUUUAUUAAUUUGGUGUUCUCAAAGUUAUAUUUCGUCGUCACUUCCUAUGCGCACAGCAUCUCAAGUGUUUUCCUACGUGUAAAAUGUACAAAUUAUUAUUCUAUGAUUAUAUCAUCACGCAUCAUUGAUUGAAUAAUUCCAAACUCUGAUGUCACUUAAUAUUUGAAACGAUAAUUAUUAUGAGACAAACAGUAGAUAUUUGUACUAAUUAAUUAACACACACAAACACCAUAAAAUGAUGCAGAACCGGAAUAACACAUGUAGUUUGCAGAUUUCUAUGAUUAUACACAAACAGACCACACGUAAUCACAGCAAACAAACAAUACAUACAAACACUGAUGGUAAACAAAUAAACAAAAACACUGAUGGUAAACAAAUAAACAAACACUGAUGGUAAACAAACAGUGUACACAAGGACUGUUUCUGGAGAUGGACCGUUGAGGAGUUACUUGUCCUCCACAGAGAGACGAAGAACUCUCUCCAACUCCUCGUCUUCCAGAGCCAUCCUUCUUCGCCUCUCGUCCUCCUCUGCCUGU